AUGUGUGGCGGCACAGUGAAAACCACAAACUGGCCAGGGGCCUCGCGAGCUUCAGCCCCCUGUGUGAAUGAUGCAGUAUCUGGCGCCGGGAGAACUUACAAGACAUUUUUGUGUAAAAAGCUUCGAAAAUGUGCCUGGGUAGGAAAGGGUACUGAUCGUACCACGGAACUACAUAACAGUUGGUCGUGUUCGGAAUUUGACCUGAAGGAGAUUCGCCUGAUCGUUUACCAAGACUGUGAAAGGAGAGGCAGACAAGUCUUGUUUGAUUCUAAAGCUGUUCACCGGCUUGAGGAGGUGGCACCUCAGAACACGGAGAAUGUCUCUAUUCAAAUGUCAGCCAAGUGCUGUCAAGAAAGCAGCAGUGUGAGCAGCAGUGGCAGGAGCAGUAGCAACAGCUUCUCUUCUCAUAGCUCUUCUGGGGGAUCUUUACAGCAUGCUAAGGAGCAGCUCCCAAAGUACCAGUAUGCAAGACCAGCUUCUGAUGUGAACAUGCUGGGGGAAAUGAUGUUUGGCUCAGUAGCAAUGAGUUACAAAGGUUCCACUUUAAAGAUACACUAUAUACGUUCUCCUCCACAGCUGAUGAUUAGUAAAGUUUUCUCUGCUAGAAUGGGAAGCUUCUGUGGGAGUACCAAUAACUUGCAAGACAGCUUUGAAUAUAUCAACCAAGAUGCUAAUUUGGGAAAACUGAACACCAGUCAGAAUAGUUUGGGUCCCUGUCGUACUGGAAGUAAUCUAGCACACAGCACACCAGUUGACAUGCCAAGCAGAGGGCAAAAUGAAGACAGGGACAGCGGCAUUGCUCGAUCAGCCUCACUAAGCAGCCUUUUGAUUACACCGUUCCCAUCUCCAAGCUCUUCUACAUCAUCUUCCAGCAGUUACCAGCGCCGCUGGCUUCGAAGUCAGACAACAAGUUUGGAAAAUGGCAUUAUUCCAAGGAGGUCAACUGAUGAGACCUUCAGCUUGGCUGACGAAACGUGUAGCUCUAAUCCAGCCAUAGUUCGGAGGAAGAAAAUUGCCAUAAGCAUCAUCUUUUCCCUGUGUGAGAAAGAAGAAGCACAAAAAAACUUCCAGGACUUCUUUUUUUCUCAUUUCCCUCUGUUUGAAUCUCACAUGAACAGACUGAAGAGUGCAAUUGAAAAGGCCAUGAUCUCCUGUAGGAAGAUAGCUGAGUCUAGCCACCGAGUCCAGUUUUAUGUCAGUCGUCUGAUGGAAGCGCUGGGAGAAUUCAGAGGGACUAUCUGGAAUUUAUAUUCUGUUCCAAGGAUAGCAGAACCCAUAUGGCUUACCAUGAUGUCUAGCACUUUGGAAAAAAACCAGCUUUGCCAGCGAUUUCUGAAGGAGUUUACUUUUCUGAUAGAACAGAUCAACAAAAACCAGUUUUUUGCUGCUUUACUGACUGCAGUGUUAACCUACCACCUGGCCUGGGUACCGACUGUCAUGCCUGUUGAUCACCCUCCCAUUAAAGCCUUCUCAGAGAAGCGCACCUCUCAGUCAGUGAACAUGCUGGCUAAAACACAUCCAUAUAAUCCACUCUGGGCACAGCUGGGUGAUCUGUAUGGAGCCAUAGGAUCUCCAGUAAGGCUGACUCGUACCGUGGUGGUAGGCAAGCAGAAGGAUUUGGUCCAGCGCAUACUAUAUGUUCUGACCUACUUUCUCCGAUGCUCUGAGCUACAAGAGAACCAGCUUACCUGGAGUGGGAAUCAUGGCGAAGGUGACCAAGUGUUAGAUGGGAGCAAGAUCACCACUGCCCUGGAGAAAGGCGAAGUUGAGGAGUCAGAGUAUGUGGUAGUUACUGUGAGAAAUGAGCCUGCUCUCGUACCACCCAUCCUACCAAUAACAAUGGCGGAGAGAAGCAACCUGGGGCUUACAGGGUUGACUGGCACCAUAGAGGGUACCGAUAUUACUGAACUGUGUUCCAGCCCUGAUGAAGAAAGCAAGAGACCAGAGCACAGUUCUGAGGCCAGUAGCAUGGGAUUCCAAGAACCAGCUUUGGACAGCUCUUGGCAACAUCAAGGCACAUUUUGUGUGGAUGAAGGAUGUAAAAAAGAGACACCACAAGAUGACUCUUUGCACCUGUCCAGUUCUGAUGUUCAGAGAGUAGAGUUAAAAAUGAGCCAGCAGACUGUAAGUGAGGAGUUGAAAGGGGUGAUGCCUAAGAAACAACCAGACCGGUCAGCAGCCUGGCCUUGCCCUGACAGACCUUCCUGGGAGAAGCCUCCUUUAGAAAAGGUCACUUUCCAGAUUGGAAGUUCAGUCUCUCCAGAGUCUGACCUUGAAAGUCGCACAAAGAAAAUGGAGGAGCAGCUAAAGGCCUAUAAACAAUGUACAGAUGUAGCUGGAAAUUCCUCAGCUCAGUUCAGGGUGAUCCCUGACAUGGUUGGGGACCAGCAGGUUUUGAGGUGCACCUUUAAACCUGGCCUUCUAAAGAAUGUCCGCUGUCCUCAGAACCAGUCUUCUGAAGGGCUUGAAGGCGAAUUUGAUAGCUGUUUUGCUGAGGAGAGAGGCAUCAGAACCAGUGUGAUGGCAGAUGUUGCUGGUCAUUUCAACCAAUCUGCUGACUCGUUUGCAUCUUCUGACACUGCUUAUGAAACUGGAGAGCAAAUGUUGAAGAAAGUAAAAGGUCUGUGUUUGAAGGCAGCAGAAGGACCUUUGUUAGUGCCUAUUCCAAGCAGGCAUAUAGAACAGGACUCUGGUCUCUCAGGUGCUGCAGAUGUCCCCUGUGGGGAUGCCAUCAAGAAGGUGGACCUCAGAAUUGAAAGAGACAUUCCCAGAAAUGAAAGCUCAGAUAGCGCUCUCGGAGACAGUGAUGACGAAACAUGUGCAUCAGCCAUGCUGAGUCUAAGUCACUGUGGUGACAGGACUGAAGCGUCUUUAGAGGUGGAACUGCCUCUGCCCAGGUCUCAGAUUAUCAGUAACCAGAAUGUAAGAAACUUCGGCCGGUCACUUUUGGCGGGCUAUUGUCCCACAUACAUGCCUGAUCUGGUGCUUCAUGGAACCAGCAAUGAUGAGAAGCUGAAGCAGUGCCUGAUGGCUGAUCUGGUCCAUACAGUACAUCAUCCAGUGCUUGAUGAGCCGAUAGCUGAAGCUGUCUGUAUUAUCGCAGACACAGAUAAAUGGAGUGUCCAGGUAGCCACGAGUCAGAGGAAGCCAGUGGACAAUGUGAAACUGGGCCAAGAUGUCUUGGUCUCAAGUCAGGUGUCCAGUUUACUUCAAUCAAUUUUGCAGCUUUACAAGCUUCACCUACCUGCUGAUUUUUGUGUCAUGCAUCUAGAAGAUCGACUACAAGAGAUGUACCUGAAAAGUAAAAUGCUGUCUGAAUAUCUUCGUGGACACACACGAGUCCAUGUGAAAGAAUUGGGUGUUGUGCUGGGGAUUGAAUCUAAUGACCUGCCUCUGUUGACUGCUAUUGCCAGUACUCAUUCUCCUUAUGUGGCUCAAAUACUCUUAUAA